AUGCUCCCUCCGUUGCCAUGGCCCCACAGCGGAGGUUCCAGACGGGGCACUGAUGCUGUCCACCCUGGGGCCAGGCCUCGUACUCUAGGGGGUCCCCGUUCCCCCACAGCCAGCGGUUGGCCAGGUAGCGCAGGCCCGUCCACACGUGGGCCGUGGUGGUCUGUCCUCUCUGCUCUCCCUCUGGGCCAGAAGCAGCUCCGUCUCAGACACCAGGCUGGUGAGGUCAGUGUGCUGCUCCCUGCAGUACUCCAGAGCCUCCUCCCACGUCUUGCUCUCCCUCACCAUGAUCAGCUUAGAGCAGAAGAAGAGUAGCUGAUAGUAUACAAACCAAUCAGACCAUAGGCUUCUUUAGGCCCGUUGUUUGGUUGAUCCUUGUCCCAGGUACCAAGGUAGGUUGCGUAUCCGCCUCCUGACCACCUCCAGCCUGUUAGGUUGUGGGUCUCUCUGUACAGACCAAUCCAGGUGAAAUAAUGAAUCCAUCCACCUGCUGACCUUUGUACCUGCUGCUCUUCCCACUCACUGCUGAUGGAGGACAGGUUGGUGUAAUGUUCUCUGCAGAACUCCUGAGAUUGUAACCAGCUUUUCCCGGCAGAAACAUAGACGUGCUUCCCGGAUACAGAGGUGUAUGGUUGAUUCCCCCCGUCUCCCAUCACCCCAAAUACCCACCACACACUGGACAUGAGGAGCACUGUGUAAACGGUCUUCUCCAUGACAGUGUUGUGUUCAGAUUUGAGGUGAAGUGUGUCUCUUCUGCUGUUGCUGUUAUGUCUGAUGAGGCUGGUCUGUUUUGAGGCACGAUGGUCCAAUAGAAGAAGAGCUUUACAUUUUUGUUUUGGAAAUAUGCUCACCUGUACAAACAUAAGGAAGACAACUCUAACAUACAAAUGAUGUCUCUUUGGGAGAUCACUGAAGAUGGGUGGAAAAAGUUGAACAGGAGUUAGCAAGUUACACGUACAACUUUGAAUGAGGGGCCAAAGUUGUUUGUCUUGUCGUUGUGUCUCUACUUGUCAAACAAAUUCUCUGACACAUGAAAAGGCUGCUCUUAGAAAAUGGAUGGAAAAGGUUCGGGUCUGUGCAAAUAACAUGAAUAACUUUGAAUGAGGAGUGACAGUUGUUAGUUUAGCGCCACUGCUUUAGGAGCGUCUUCCCUUGACACCCCGGCCAGUUCCUCCCUGCCCGGUUGCCUGUGCAAAAUAGCCUAGAAUCAUAGCAAAAUAGGAUCUGAUUUAGAGGAAAAUGUAAUUGUAUUCACACUUUUUAAUUACUUUCAAUCGACAAAUUGACUUUUAACUAACUCAAGAUGAGACAGAUGGGCCUUUUACAAUUGGGACCACACAGUGGGCAGAAAAAGCAAGGAGGUGGGCAGAGCCAAGCAAGAGCUAGAGAGAUCCAAUUGGCACGUAUUAGCAUGUACUGUAUUUGCAUAUUUCCGUUAGGGAACGUCUCUGAAGUACGUGUGUGCAAGAACUUGAAUUCGCCCUUGGAUUCCUUCUAAACAACAACCAUUUUAGAAACUCUGGCAAAGGGUAGUGCUGAGCGAUUAGGGCUUUUUAAGGUCGGUUCGGUAACGCAUUUUCAUUUCUUCAAAAUUAUUUAGUAUUUUUUCAUGUUGAGAUCUCUAAAUCCAGCUGAGAAUAUCACAGAUGAAACCACGAUUGCCGUCUCCCAGGCUGGGCUCUGCAGAUUAAAUCAAUUAUUGGUCUGGAUAGGCCAGAAUUUGUGACACGUCACUCCCUAUGUAAAUGUGGGAUGUGAAAUCUGACACUUCAAGUUAGCUCUUCUGACAGAGUGGUAGCGGGGAGUAGACAGAUGGGGCUUUCUGGCACUAUAAGGCACUGGACCCUGCAAUGUUCACAGAGUGCUUUGUACACCAAAAUGUUAGUCGGAACUGGUCUAGAACCGCUCAAAUAUCCCUUUGAGCAUGGUGAAUGAAGUUAUUAAUUACACUUUGGAUGGUGUAUCAAUACACCCAGUCACUACAAAGAAACAGGCAUCCUUCCUAACUCAGUUGCCGGAGAGGAAGGAAACCGCUCAGGCCAAGGGUGACUUUAAAACAGUUACAGAGAUUAAACUCUGUGGUAGGAGAAAACUGAGGAUGGCUCAACAACAUUGUAGUUACUCCACAAUACUAACCUAAAUGACAGCAAAAAUAAGGAAGCCUGUACAGAAUAAAAAAUAUUCCAAAACAUGCAUCCUGUUUAGAAUAAGGCACCAAAUUAAAACUGCAAAAAAUGUGGCAAAGAAAUUAACUUUGUCCUGAAUACAAAGUGUUAUGUUUGGGGCAAAUCCAACAAAACACAUCACUGAGUACCACGUUUCCUAUUUUCAAGCAUGGUGGUGGCUGCAUCAUGUUAUGGGUAUGCUUGUCAUCGGCAAGAACUAGGGAGGUUUUCUUUUUAGAAAAAUAAACGGAAUAGAGCUAAGCACAGGCAAAAUCCUAGAGAAAAACCUGGUUCAGUCUGCUUUCCACCAGACACUGGGAGAUGAAUUCACCUUUCAGCAGGACAACAACCUAAAAUACAAGGCCAAAUAUACAUUAGAGUAUCUUACCAAGAUGACAUUUAAUGUUCCUGAGUGGCCUAGUUACAGUUUUGACUUCAAUUGGCUUGAAAAUCUAUGGCAAGUCUAGCAAUGAUCAACAACCAACUUGACAGAGCUUGAAGAACUUUACAAAGAAUAAUGAGCAAAUAGUGUACAAUCCAGGUUUGCAAAGCUCUUACAGACUUACCCAGAAAGACACACAGCUGUGAUCACUGCCAAAGGUAUUCUAACAUGUAUUGACUCCAGGGUUUGAAUACUUAUGUAAAUGUGAUAUUUCUGUAUUUCAUUUUCACUUUGUCAUUAUGGGAUAUUGUGUGUAGAUGGGUAAGAAAUAUUUAUUUUUUAUCCAUUUUUGAAUUCAGGCUGUAACAUAACAAGAUGUGGAAUAAAUCAAGGGGUAUGAAUACUUUCUAAACUGGUCCAGAACAGUGCCUUGAAAAAGUAUUCAUCCCCCUUGGCGUUUUUAUUUGGAUUUCAUGUAAUGGACAUACACAAAAUAGUCCAAAUUGGUGAAGUGAAAUGAAAAAAAUUACUUGUUUCAAAAAAUUCUAAAACAUAAAUAACGGAAAGGUGGUGCGUGCAUAUGUAUUCACCCCCUUUGCUAUGAAGCCCCUAAAUCUGGUGCAGCUAAUUACCUUCAGAAGUCACAUAAUUAGUUAAAUAAAGUCCACCUGUGUGCAAUCUAAGUGUCACAUGAUCUCAGUAUAUAUACACCUGUUCUGAAAGGCCCCAGAGUCUGCAACACCACUAAGCAAGGGGCACCACCAAGCAAGCGGCACCAUGAAGACCAAGGAGCUCUUCAUACAGAUCAGGGUUGGGUUAUAAAAAAAUAUCAGAAACUUUGAACAUCCCACGGACCACCAUUAAAUCCAUUAUUAAAAAAUGGAAAGAAUAUGGCACCACAACAAACCUGCCAAUAGAGGGCCGCCCACCAAAACUCACAGACCAGGCAAGGAGGGCAUUAAUCAGAGAGGCAUCAAAGAGACCAAAGAUAACACCUGAAGGGGUUGCAAAGCUCCACAGCGGAGAUUUUAGUAUCUGUCCAUAGGACCACUUUAAGCCGUACACGCCACAGAGCUGGGCUUUACGGAGGAGUGGCCAGAAAAAACCUACAUACAUACCGUACAUUCCUCUCGCUCUCAUGUGGUCUGUGCGGGGCCAGAAAGAAUAGGCGCAAUGGAUUCUGGAGAUUAUAGUUAAUUACUAUGUUUUCUGCACUGACCUGGGUUGAAUAUUUGCCUAUUGAAAACUACAACUCCCUACAGCGUCCCACAGUUCUUCUUGAUUUGAUGUCUCUCGUGCUUGUUAUGAUUUCUCUUUAGAGAAACGGCGCGUUGAGCUCACCAUUUUUUUUACUAUACUAAACAAAAAUAUAAAUGCAACAUGCAAAAAUGUCAAAGAUUGUACUGAGUUACAGUUCAUAUAUGGAAAUCAGUCAAUUGAAAUAAAUUAAUUAGUCCCUAAUCUAUGGAUUUCACAUGACUGGGAAUACAGAUAUGCAUCUGUUGUUCACUGAUACCUUAAAAAAUAAGGUAGGGGCGUGGAUCAGAAAACCAGUCAGUAUCUGGUGUGACCACCAUCUCCACAUCUCCUUUGCAUAGAGUUGAUCAGGCUGUUGAUUGUGGCCUGUGGAAUGUUGUCCCACUCCUCUUCAAUGGCUGUGCAAAGUUGCUGGAUAUUGGUGGGAACUGGAACACACUGUCGUACAAGUCGAUCCAGAGUAUCCCAAACAUGCUCAAUGGGUGAUGUGUCUGGUGAGCAUGCAGGCCAUGGAAGAACAGCGACAUUUUCAGCUUCCAGGAAUUGGGUACAGAUCCUUGCGACAUGGGGCCGUGCAUUAUCAUGCUGAAACAUGAGGUGAUGGCAGCAGAUGAAUGGCAUGACAAUGGAUCUCGUCACGGUAUCUCUGUGCAUCCAAAUCACCAUUGAUAAAAUGCAAUUGUGUUCUUUGUCCGUAGCAUAUGCCUGCCCAUACCAUAACCCCACCACGUUGACAUCAGCAAACCUCUCGCCCACACAACGCCAUACACAAACAUGGUCUGUGGUUGUGAGGCCAGUUCAACAUACUGCCAAAUUCUCUAAAACAACGUUGGAGGCGGCUUAUGGUAGAGAAAUGAACAUUAAUUUCUCUGGCAACAGCUCUGGUGGACAUUCCUGCAGUCAUCUUUUAUUUCAGCUCAUGAAACAUGGGACCAACACCUUACAUGGGACCAACACCUUACAUGUUGAUUUUGUAUUUUUGUUCAGUGUAAAUGGAAUUCAAGAAAUUGAACCUAUGUCAAAUAAAUAUAGUAUUUGGUUAAUCGCUCAGCACUAGCAAAGGGUCAAGUCUAUAAAACUUGGUGCGCUCUAUUCCUACCAGAUUUGAGUUUUGAACAGAAAACUGUACUGAGAUAGGAUGUGUCAUCCGUGAGAACAUUUGCAGAAUGUCAGCCCAGUUUAAUCUUGCUACAUCUUCUGCCUCUACCUUGCCACUGCACUUCCUCUCAUCACCAUAUUUGGUAAUGAUUGGAUGCCCCUAGCAGACGCUUCAAGUUUUUCUACGUGUCCAGUCUGGGUUUCCACUUUUAUGUCAACACUAGUUAUUAUUUACCACUUAGCUACCCCAUUUUGUUUGCCUUCUGUUGAAACAGCUCACCUGGCUGGGUCAGAUAGUUUAAUUUAAAGACAAUCAUUGAGCUAGUUCACCUGUGUAACUUUCAGAACACUUUUUCAAAACACUUUUGCAUGUGCCAGGUGUUCCAUACAAUUUUGUUUGGUAGGACGACACAUGAAAAGACAAAUGACUGUUGCUCCUCAUUCAAAAUUAUGCACUUCAUUUGCACACAUUUGUUCAAACUUUCCUGUCCACUGUGUACCCACUGCAUCAGUCACAUUUCCAGACAUCGGACAGGGAAUUUGUUUGUGGAAAAAAGAACACCAUUUGUGUUUUUAGAUUUGCUUGCAGCAUGUUUGAAUGAGCAUGCAAAGAAACUUUCCUUUCAGCCUGUCUCAAAAACAACUAAGAAAUGUAAAGUUCUGCUCUUGGUCCAUUGUGCCUCCAAACAGAUCAGCCUCAUCCUCAUCCUCAUCACUCAUCAGUCAAAUCAUCAGACGGAGCAGACACAGCAGAACAGACACACUUUACUUCACACCUCACAUCUGAACACAACACCACAAUGGAGAAGACCAUCUCCACAGUGCUCCUCGUGUCCAGUGUGUUGGGGGUAUUUGGGAAGAGACUGAUUAAAUUUUGGGACAAUCAAAAUUCUUUGGUAUCUGGGAAGCACAUCUAUGUUUCUGUUGACAUAACCUGGGCACAAGCUCAGAAGUUCUGCAGAGAGCAUUAUACUGACCUGUCCUCCAUCAGCAGUGAGUGGGAAGAGGAACAGCUAAGAAGUGUUGCAAGUAGAUGGUUGUAUCGUUGGAUGAUUGGUCUGUACAGAGAGCCUUACAACCAAACAGGCUGGAGGUGGUCAGGAGGUGGAUAUGCAACCUACUUUGGGACCUGGGCACUCAAACAACCAAACAACGGUCUCUUGGAAAACUAUGGUUUUCUCUAUUGUGAUGGGUGGCAUAACUAUGAGAAUGUUCCAUCCCCCUUCUUCUGCUCUAAGCUGAUCAUGGUGAGGGAGAGGAAGACGUGGGAGGAGGCUCUGGAGUACUGCAGGGAGCAGCACAUUGACCUCACCAGCCUGGUGUCUGAGACGGAGCUGCUUCUGGCCCAGAGGGAGAGCAGAGAGGACAGACCACCACGGCCCACGUGUGGAUGGGCCUGCGCUACCUGGCCAACCGCUGGCUGUGGGGGAACGGGGACCCCCUAGAGUACGAGGCCCCAGGGUGGACAGCAUCAGUGUCCCCGCCUGGAACCUUAACUGUGGGGCCAUUGCAACGGAGGGAGGGUGGGAGGCCAGGGAUUGUCAGAAGGGACUCAACUUCAUCUGCUACUAGAGACCUUCUUAGGGAAGAGGGACCUGAGAAUCUCAUAUGGUGCAUCUCAAUAGUCCAAAUUGCUUUCCUCUCAAAUUCGAAUAAGAUUUUAAUUUUAAAAAUACACUUUACUUCACACCUCACAUCUGAACACCGCAAUGAAGAAGACCAUCUACACAGUGCUCCUCAUGUCCAGAGUGUGGGGGCUAAGAGAUUGAUGAAAGCCUCAUCUUGGGACAAUCAACAUUCUUUGGUAUCUGGGAAGCACAUCUAUGUUGGACAAAACAUGGGCACAAGCUCAGGAGUUCUGCAGGGAGCAUUAUACUGA